AAAUAGCUAACUAGCUAUUUAGCGUUAGCUAGUUAGCGAUAGCCAUACAACGUUAGCAAUUAAAAAGUUACUUUGUAAGCUAAGCGGCAACAUUACACUGAGACAGCAAAGAUUUCUGGACUAACAAAAUCAGCUCUGCAGAGUCAAACAAUAAAAGAUGGAUUUUUUCUUCGAUGACCUGCCCUCCACCUCCACCUCCACCCCCAACAACCGGCAUGAUGAUUCACUGAUGACAGGAGACACAGACCAGGAUUCUUCAAGAGAGAAAUCCUCAAGCACAAACAUGCCUGAGAGUGCAGAGCAGCAACUCAGGAUGGAAGGGACUGUAUUGUAUGCAACUGAGCCAUCGAGCGCUGAUGACAUAAGUGGGAAAGUUCAGGAACUGGUGGAAAAGAUAAACAACCAUCGCGCCAGUGACCAGAAAGUGAUGGACACCUUCCAGGAGAAGUUAAUUGAGAGGGUGACAGAGAUGUGUCAGCAAAUGAAGGAGCACAUGUACACGGUGUAUGAGGACAACAGUGAGAAGAUGCAGGUGAAGCUGCAGGAGUUGCAGGAGGUGCUGAGGAGCUGCACGAAGCUCCAGGAUGAGCUGAUAGAGGCCAGCCGGGCCCUGGCCAGCCUCAGAGGUGGCCUGGCCAUCAGCCGGGCGUCAGAACCCUGAGAGGCUAGUUAUUGUUCUCAUGUGCAUAUUGGUGUUUCACUAGUUCUGAAAUAGUUCAUGUGUUGUUUUAUUUAUUAUGCUGAGUAUUCAGUAUAGUUGUCUUUUUCCAAAUCCUGGAAUGACUAAGAAUUACUCCUUCGUUUCCUUCUUCUUCUUCUUCCUCUUUUUCCA